UUCUUGGCCAACCAUGUCCCCAGGGACUGGCGCCUCUAACCCUUUGUUUUUUUAGUUCUUCCUGGCCAACCAUGUCCCCAGGGACUGGCGCCUUUACUUUGGGAUCUGGGGGUUGUGUUCCUGGCCAACCAUGUCCCCAGGGACUGGCGCCUUGGACUUUGGGAUCUGGGGGAUAUGCUCUUGGCCAACCAUGUCCCUAGGGACUGGCGCCUUUACUUUUGUCCAGUUUUUAUGCCUACUCACCUCUCUUUCAGAUUUUCCGCCUGCCUUGUUAAGCCCCCUUAUUUCUUCUUCUACAAAUAUACCGCACUAACUACAUUUUUUUCUCUAGCUUUCUAUGACACUUUCUUGCUUUGCGCCUGUCUGGUUGACUUUCUAUAUCAGUUUUCCUUGGUUAUGUUUCAAACUGGUAAGCGCCGGUUUAAUAUUCAAUAUCAUACUGACUUCCACUACAUUAGAUUAUUAGUUACUGCGCAUUUUUCUUAUAUUUUGUACUCUAGGGUGCAAGGCUUGGAUGGAGAGGGCCCCUCCAUCCUUGUCUUGCAUCACUUACAUUAGUCUUUUGUCUUUCUUUAUUUUUGCCAACCUUGUAC